CAGCCCCUGAUUGGGUCUCCUCCCUGUCACAAAGACCCAAGCUGGAGAUAAUAAUAAUAAGAUAUAUAUAUAAAAAAACCCAGCAAGAAAGAACCAACCACCCCCUCCUCUCAGGCCUCCCUCCCAUUGGCUGCCCUUCCCUUUGUGUGCCAGGCAGCUGCAGUCCCAGCUCCACAUUUGAAUGUAUAUAGGGGAUUGGAAGGGACCAUUUCCAUGGGCCAUCUGUCUCCCAGCCAGCAGCAGCCCCGCUCCCACCUCCACCCAGGAGCAGCACAACAAAGGGACCGCAGCCGCAGCCAGGCAGGAUGGUUCUAGUGCACGUCGGCUAUCUUGUUCUUCCAGUGUUUGGCUCUGUACGAAACAGAGGUGCUCCUUUUCAAAGGUCUCAGCACCCUCAUGCUACCUCCUGCCGGCACUUCCAUCUGGGCCCCCAACCUCAGAUCUCAGCUGACUUCCCUCUCCCUCACCCUGUCCAGCCACAGCCAGGGCUGAACCCUCACAUGGCGACAGCUCACCAGCAUAACGGCCCACUACACCAGCCCCUACCACCUCUGCCAGCCCUGCCGUUUCAGGAUGUGACAGGACCCUCCUUCCUACCUCAGGCGCUACACCAGCAAUACCUCCUCCAGCAGCAGCUCCUCGAGGCCCAGCACCGCAGGCUCAUGCCUCAUCCCAGGCGGACUCAGGAGCGCAUGUCUGUUCAACCUCAUCGGUUACACCCAGGCUUUGACUUCGGCCACCAACUGCAAACUCCUCAACCCAUGGGGCCCCAGCCCAGGUAUCUAGCUGAAGGCACAGACUGGGAUCUUAGUGUUGAUGCUGGACUGACACAUGCCCAGUUCCAGGUCAGGCCAGUUCCUCAGCACUAUCAACAUUAUUUAGCUACGUCUAGAAUGCACCAUUUCCCCAGAAACACAUCCUCAACGCAGAUGGUAGUCCAUGAAAUCAGAAACUACCCUUAUCCUCAGCUUCAGUUACUUGCUCUUCAGGGACUGAAUCCAAACAGGCACACGUCUGCCGUAAGGGAAAGUUAUGAAGAGCUGCUGCAGCUGGAAGACAGAUUAGGCAGUGUGAACCGGGGAGCUGUGCAGAACACCAUCGAGAGGUUCACUUUCCCACACAAGUACAAAAAGAGAAGACCGCAGGAAGACAAAGCUGAGAAGGAGGAUGGGGAGGAGUCGGACACCGAUGAGAAAUGCACAAUCUGUCUGUCUAUGCUUGAAGACGGAGAAGACGUGAGGCGUUUACCCUGUAUGCAUCUAUUUCACCAAGUGUGCGUGGAUCAGUGGCUAGCAACCAGCAAGAAGUGCCCGAUCUGCAGAGUGGACAUUGAAACACAACUGGGCUCUGACAGCUGAAAGAACCAAUGCGGUGCACCAUUUUCCUUACCAGGUCAUAUGGCCAUAAGCCCUUGCAGCAAAAUUUUGCCUUCUGAGCCAUUUGAUUUAGAGGAAAAGUCUGCAAGCACAUUAGCGAAAAGGAGGAAUUGGUGGUACAAUAGCUAGUGGUAGGAGAGGAUCCUAACAGCCAUAUUGGUCCAAUGCAUGGGAGCUGGUAUUCCCAGAGCUAGAAGGCCCUGUGCUACAGAAGAUUUAGUAUCGAUCAUGAAGGAACUAGUAUGUGGUUAGUUUGGCCUGUCAAUCCUGGGUUUCACAAGGAUUGUAUAUAUACCUCUCGAAUAAGUAGACACAUGUUAGGGGAUCUUUAGCUAUUUCUGUGGACAGCAACUGGAGCAUGUUAGCUUAAGAAAUGUUGUGUUUGGUGCCCUAGUCAUCUCGUGGUGGACAUGUCGCUGUUAACCUAAUUUGCACCAAAUAUUUUUUUCAUAGAUUCCUUAUUUUGGUGCCUGACUGAAAUGUGGCAGAGGUGAAAGAAAAAAAAAAAAGUUAAAUCUUCCCACCUUUAGGAAAAAAAAAAGAGAGGUGAAAUAGCAAAUUCCUGUUUACAGUUAGAAGGAUCGUGCUCUUUGCCUCGUCCGCGUUUAUUUCUUUGAUUAUGUUUACAGUGUGGUGCUCAUUUAGAGAAGC